AUUGAUUGGAGAAAUUGAAUGUUUUUUCAAAUCAAUUGAUAUUUGAAUUUGAAAUACAAUUGAAUUAAAAACAGUAAAUAUUGAGUGAUUUAAUUGAAGAUGAGUUCACAGACCGACAGAUCUGAAGACCAAAUGGGGAGACAAUGGGAUAAAUUUAUCUCCAAUUCAGUGCUCAAAAUGGGUACGGGUCUCGCAGUCGGAAGUGUCUUCUCUUUGCUGAUCUUUCGCCGAAGACUUUGGCCGAUAAUAUUUGGUUCAGGGAUUGGAUUGGGUUUUGCGUCCAAUCAAUUGCAG